AUGGCACUUUCUCCAUGCAGGUGGGCCAUUGAUGGUAAACAUAUCAACUUGUGUGCACCUCCAAACUCAGCCUCUGAGUACUUUAACUAUAAAAAACAUUUUAGCAUAGCCCUCUUGGAUAUUACAGAUGCAAAUGCUAAAUUCAUCUCAUUUGAUCUUGGAGCCCCUGGCAACCAGUCAGAUGGAGGAAUUUUUAAAGACAGUCACCUUAAAAACAUAUGCAAGACAUGCUAUUUCCCACAAGCUGAAGAACUAAGAGAUACAUUAUUGCCUAUACCUUACUUUCUGCUUGGAGAUGAGGCAUUUGCUUUGAAUGAAAAUCUAAUGAAGCCAUAUCCACACCAGACUGCAAUAGGUGAUGAGAAAGUUUUUAACUAUAGACUUUCACGAGCACAAAGAAUUGUUGAAAAUGCAUUUGUAUUGAUGUGUAGUCGAUUCAGAUGUCUUUUGAGAACAUUGGAGUUGGAUGUUCCAAAUGCAAUGCAGGUGGUGAGGGCCUGUAUGGCACUACAUAACCUUUUGAUAAGUCAGAAGGACCAGGGUCAGGGAAGGAAAUGUUGUGAAUGGCUCUUGGAGAACACAAUUAGGCAAUGA